GAAAGACCAUACCACGAUGGAAUUGGUCGCCAUGCUAACAUUUCCGUCAUGUGGCAAUAACGUUAUUUAUUAGGAAACACCAGGGUCAUCGAACAUUCACAAGAUGAAGCACUUCAAAAAGAGAGUCACCAGAGUCAAUUUGCCCAACGACAAGAGUGUUCACCACUGGACGUGUGACGACGUGGCCCAGUUCCUGUUCCAGAAUGGCAUGGGCCAGUACUCCGAGCUGCUCUGCCAGCAAAACGAAAUCGACGGCGAGGUUCUUCUCCUCCUUAAAGAAGUCGACCUCCGACUGCCACCGAUUUCCGUCCCAGUCCUGGCCCAUAUAAAGCGGCUGGCCACACUAAUUGAUCAUCUCAAAAAGCGAGAGUUGGUAUUGGAAGGCGGAGCGUGCGGAAACGGGACGGCAGGGUCUUACGACGACCGCACGGGAUUGGACAACGAGGCGGGUUUUGAGAGCAAAGUUGGUGGGCAGGAACUAGGCCACAUCAGUCAGCGGCUAAACGCCUUCAGCUUCAGCGACGAUGAGGACGAUUUCAUGUUUGGAAACUUGGACAGGCACCAACCCCCUCCCAGACAAGAGGUUUCUGAGCCGAAGUUCAAGCCCGAAAUCUUCAAGACCACCGUCAGUUUCCUGUACGCGACCGCGGUGGGGCUGCUGACCGCUUUCGUGAUGACCAUCGCCCACGACCGCGUGCCAGACAUGGACAAGUUUCCCCCACUCCCGGACAUUUUCUUGGACAGUGUCCCGAGAAUCGAGUGGGCGUUUCAGGCGUGCGAAGCCUGUGCCAUGGUGUUGGCGGCCAUUCUGUUUAUUGUCAUUGUUCUGCACAAACACAGGUUUAUACUUUUGAGGAGAUUCUUUGCCCUGAUGGGGUCGUGCUUUCUCCUGCGGUGUAUCACCAUGUUUGUCACGUCGCUGUCCGUCCCCGGAUCUCACCUGCAGUGCAGCGGCAAGGUGUACGGAAGUUAUUGGAUGAAGAUGCACCGUGCGCUGGAGAUCAUGUGCGGACUAGGAAUGAGCGUAACUGGAGUUCAUACGUGCGGGGACUACAUGUUUAGUGGCCACACGAUAUGCUUGACCAUGUUUAACUUCUUCAUAACCGAAUACACCCCGCGCAGGAUGACCCUCCUCCAUACUGCUUCCUGGGUUCUCAACCUCUUUGGGGCUUUCUUUGUCCUGGCCGCCCACGAGCACUACUCCAUCGACGUGGUCAUCGCCUUCUGCUUCACGUCCCGGCUAUUCCUGUACUACCACACCCUGGCCAACACGCGGGCCCUCCAUGCCCAGCGGGACCGGCGUGCUCGGGUCUGGUUCCCAAUGUUCUCCUACUUUGAGGCUGAGGUGGACGAUGUGGUGCCCAAUGUGUACGAGUGGCCAUUCUGCCUUCCCAGCUUUCGGACCUUGAUACCUUGGAGGGCCAGGAAGAAGGCAGUCAAGGACUGAAGCUUGUUUACCAUCCCAAACAGCUGAGGAUUUUAAAAGUCCUCACCUUACAGGUCGUCCCAAGUCCUCAUAGGUCCUGACAAGUCCUCACAAAUGUUUACAAGUCCAUCACAAGACUUCAAAAUGCCUCAUAAGUUUUCAAAAUUCUGUCACAAUCUUCGCAAGACCACACAAGUCCUCAAAUGUCCUCACAAGUCCUCACAAGUCUUCAUAUGGCCAUUUCAUCACAAGUCCACACAAUUCAUCAAAAUGUCCUCAUGAAUGCUCACAUGUCCUAAGAAGCUUUCACAAGUCCUCACAAGUCCCCCAUCCCGUAAGUCCUCACAAGUUCCCACACCCCCUUCACACUCCAUCACAAAUCUUCUCAAGUCCCUACAAGUCCUACCGAGGCCUCAUAAGUCCUAACAAGUCCCCACAGACCCUCACAAGUCUUCACAAGUCCAUCACAAGUCCUCACAAUUCCCCACAGGUCCUCACAAGUCUUCACCAGUCUUCACAAAUCCUCACAAUUUCUCACAAGUCCCAAAAGUUCCUUGCAUGUCUUCCCAGGUCCAUCACUAUAGCUCUUGUAAGUCCUAACAGGUCCUCACAAGUCUUCACAAAUCCACACAGGUCCUCACAAGCCUUCACAAGUUCAUCACAAGUCCUAACAAGUCUUCACAAGUCCCCACAGGUCCUCACAAGUCCUCACAAGUCCUCACAAUAUCUCAAAAGACCUCAUACGUCCUCGCAAGUCCUCACAGGUCCAUCACACAUCCUUACAAGUCCUCACAAGUCCUCACAAACAUAAUGCAAACACAAGUUAUGUAAAUGAACUGCAACAUGGGCAUCAAUUGCUCACUGAAAAAUGUGCCUUCAUGCUUAAUCAAAAACAUUUCAAAAAAAAAUUAAGUAAAAUGUUAAUUUUUAUAACAGAUUGCAUAAAAUUUGAAGUACUAAAAACCUUUAUAUUUAUAAGGUUUGUUUAGAAUAUUGUGCAUGAGAAUGAUUAUGUGUUUGAGUACGAGUAACUAUAAUAGUUAUUAUUUUUACAGAACAUUAGGCCUUAUGUUUUUCAUACUAUUAUCAAUGCCAUAAUUAAACUAAACCUUCAGUACAUACCAAAUACGAGACCAGUGCUAAUAAUUAAAUAAGUGUUUGUUGUGUGCUAUCUUAGGUAAUUAACCCUCCUGCUAUUUAAACAGUCACAGACAAUCAAAAUUCACUUCCACUUCCCCUGCUACACUAUUAACAAAGGCUAGUCACCAGCAGUCAGAUCAUAUGUCAAGCCAAGCACCGUGAUUAGUCAAACUAAGUCAACAGGCAAAGCAAGAAGUUGUGGUCAAAGCUGUGUUAUCACUCACCCGGAGUCAAAACAUAGCUGUAUCCAGUUACUUAAACAGUCCCAGCCAGUCAAUCCUGCUUUAUGUAGGCUGGGAAUUCUUAACUGCUGAAAACACUCACUUGUUUGGUUUUGACUGAAGAUGUAUGUUUGCAUAGGAGGGUGUUAAAGAUGUACAUUGUACAUGUAUUGUCCAUGUUAUUUAUUUUUUUUUUAAGUUUCACCCCGAAAAAUAUACAUUGUGUACAUGUGUGUUUUCUUUUUAAGUUGUUCUUUUUUUUUUAGAGCAGAACAAAAGUUCUUCUCUGUUGAGUGAGACAUCGAUUGAAAAAAAUUGGCCCAUGUUUGUAUCAAUUUCCAUCGAUGGUCGGAUUACCAUCGUUUGUAAAGAAAGAGACUUUUUUUAAAUACUGCCCCAAAUUUUACCAAAUAUGUAGUUAGUCCAGAUUUUGUUUGGCAUCUGUAACACGUCUGUGAAUGGGUGCAAGCCAGUUAGUCUGAUUCCCUGACCUUCAAUUCCCAUCGUCUGUAAAUUCCUCCUUUUCGUCUGAAGAAGGGUCAGGGAGCCAGGCUAUAGAACAAGAACAGCAUUUUUUCUCGGUUUUUCCGGCAUCUGUGAGCACAAAACUUUAAACAGGUCCGUGUGACAAUAUUUGCUAUAAAAUACAUGUGCUAACUCCCAAAUGCAUUCCAUUUCUGAAAAUUACAGCCAAAGCAAAUGUUGUAGAUCGCCUUUAAGUAGCUGUAGUUUACGUGUAAUGUAAGGCCAAGUUAUGCCAUUGAUUAUUUUGGCAAGAUAUGUCCGAGAAAAAGAUGUAAAGGUCCAAAGGGGUGUAAACAUUCUUGGGGACAUGGAAGAGGGGAGAAUUAAAAUAGUCUUCUGACACCAUUGGAAUGUUGGGAGGAAGGGUGAUGAUUGAAAACUAAUGGGGCCCACAAAGGGGUUUGGACGGAGAGGAAAUGUGAUUUUGGAUAAUGGGGGGAUAUACGUGUAGAGUGCUCUAUUCAAACUUGAAUUGUAAACGGUCAGUAUUUUUGGGUGUCUGGUAUACUCGGGGGGUUGAUAUUCUUAUUGAAGGGUGCAUACCUAUGUUCCCCAAUACCGAUGUUCCCCAACCCUAACCCUAAGGAAUUUGGGCAUCGGUAUCUGUCAACGGAUCACAAGAAGAGGGUAAGUGUUCUUUCAGCAAAUGUAACCAAAUCACAAAAGGAUUUUUGUUUUGCUGAUAGCACCUUUUUGUGAUCCGUGGACAGA